AUGAGGGCCAUGUUCGGUACGCGGUCCGCGACCGUCAAGCGAAAAGAGUCUCGGGGAUCCUCUGGUCCAUCUUCGGGACGCAGUUACAGCAGUUCCGAUACUUCAGACAAUCAGCGGCAGAAAGCACAACAAGUUGAGGCCAUGCUGUCGUCUUUAGGUCCAAUGCUAGGACCAGCGCCGUCUAAGCCUCGAGCGACACCCAAGAAAACCCAUGGAAAUUCGAGUGACCGUACGCCAGCACCGCGUCAUGCUGACCUCGCGUCUGCUGCUCCGUGGAAUGCACCUCGGCGCAUAUUAUCGCAAGUCGAUUCGGACGAGGAGUUCGUAUCCUUCACUCGCCCCUCUCCACCCCCCUCUGCACUCGGACUUUCGACGUCGCAUCACACGGGUCACCCUUACCCUUUCUCCUCUCGUGGCACGGUGGCUUCUGUACAUUCUCCCGAACCUGUACAGCGCACCACUCAUAACACCUAUCAUCCACCAACUCUGGGGCCGGUGAGGAAAGCCAACGCGAUAGUGCAACCCGAUCAUACACCGCGCCGCAACGGUGCCUCUGCACAAACCAUUCACGAACAACCACAUCGCUCGCGUUCCAAAUCCUUAGGCGCACAUACUCGUUCCCCCCCGACUAUCCAACACAAACCACCGCUUCCCCCUGCACCUGCUCGAACAAUCAGGGAGCCAACGAGGGAACUGUCGUUCUUUGAGUCGGACUGGGGCGGUGAUGACCCUUUUGCGCGUCUUCCUCCCCCUUCGCAUGUGCCACCGUCGUUUCCUCCGGAUCUUUUGGACCACCAAGCGACCGUCUCUGCAUUGUCUGUCAAAAAAUCCACCAUUCCAAACAAGCAGAGCAUGCCUAAUCUGGAGGGCAUAUGGCAAAGGUUUUUGGUUGAGGCCGACGAAGAGGACACCCAGGACUCCUCACUUCCAGAUUCAGCGAGCGGGGCCCCGCUAUUAGGCAGAUCAAUGUCUGCGAAUGCGGUGGACGCCGCAGGAUCGGCAAUGCCGCGCCCUGUCUCGGUGGCACGGCGGACUCAAUCGCAUCAAGCUCUGGCACUUCGUGCCCGUACGCAGACCCCGCGUUAUCCGAUUUAUCAUUCCAGUGCUUCAGACUUGCGAUACAACUCUGGAAGGCAUAACGAAACUUGGUCCGACUCUGGUUCCUACUCUCGCAUUUCACGGACGCCGCCCAUGCCAACGGGCACAGACGAACAUCGCUCAAGCGCCUUGCUCGACGCAUUUUCUCAUCUUGAGGCUGUCCAAGAGGAGUUCCGUCUUUCUGCUGCAGCAACGGCGCCGGACUCUCCAGCAGCGGCGCCCUCCGGCUUUCCUACCCCGCCCCUCUCACUUCCCCGACAAAGACCGCCACCCUGGGACAAAAACGCCGAACUACCGCAACUCUCGACAGAGAAGCUGCUACCGCCCAUCGUCACAGACGUGACACGUGGGAUCCCUUUGGCGACACCCCCGCUCGAAAGCGCCCUGAGCUGGGCUUCAUCACGAAGCGAAGACAGUCAAGCUUUUUCGCCGUUCACCCCUCAAUCUUCGCGUCCCUUCCACACUGCUGUAAGCAGUCCGUCUGCUUCGGCGCCUCCUGUGAACUUCUGCCGGCCGGUCCACAUGCUUCCUCGCGCUACCUCUCCUCCACAUGGGCCAUUACCUAGACCCCCGGACUUAUUCAUUCCGGCUAGGACGGAGUUACAGCUGACACCUCCACGCUCAAAAUCUUCGAGGGAAGAUGCAUCAUCAUCGCACGGCGGAGCCGACGCGGACUUCCCAUCUUUCGCACCGGACACAAUUGCUUCCCCGCCUGUAUCCAGAACGCCGUCGCCUGAACCGGAUGCAGAGAACGUCCUCUUCAUUCCUGAGCGUUCGCCAGGCUCUUCCCCGCUCUCCCCGGACUUGCAAGCGUUCAUUAAAGCUGACCUGCAUAAGUCCGGUGCACUCUCUCGAAUGCGUCGUCAGCAGCGUCAGGAAUUCCUCAGCUCGACGACGACAAUAGAAGUUAACCGCUGUCCUACCCCAAACUCCACCGAAGGAGACGUGCAAUGGGGUUAUGCCGUUUGA